ACGAUAAUAGCAUCAUUACCGUUCUGUCCGAACCUUCCUAUUCCAUCCUUCCAUUCAUGCUACUCAACCCACUCCCCAGCAAUUCCCGCUACCUCUGAGCUGUCUACAUUUUCCCGCUCCCAUAGAGCAUUGGUUUCACAAGGUGCGAUCCACGAUCUUACUUACCAACAGCAGGCAGAACUGGACUAGAACCAACAGCAGGCACACCCGGCUGGCGUCCACUUGUAUCGGCUAUGUAUGCAAAUGCAGGCUUAUGCAGGACCAUCUACUGUACGUGCUGGGUAUACGAGUACCAUACGAGUACCAUCCAUACACAUGCAAUACCAAAAACUCAAUCGUCGUCAUGCCCGACCAUAUCGCCUGCAGCACACUUCAAACAGCCAUCAGCCAUAAGCCAUCAGCCAUCAGCAUCCUUCUCCCUCACCCCCCAUCCUCGGCCCUUUUGUCAUUCGCCAUUUGCUGCUCGUGCCGUCUGCGUCCCCGUUUCCGCCCCGACAGAUCGGACAGAUGAACUGCGUUGCGUUGCGUCGCGUUUCGUUUCGUUUCGUCGCUUUGCGUUGCCGGUGCCGUUGUAUACCCUGUCUACGCUUGUGGCUCUCUACUCACCCUAGUCUUCGCCAAUCUUCCUACAAUGCUUCCACGG